AUGGGCGGCGGACACGGCAUACGCUCUGUCGUUUACUACGUCAACUGGGCACCAUAUGGCCGAAACCACCAUCCGCAAGAUCUGCCUGCAGAAAAUCUCACCCAUGUUCUCUAUUCGUUUGCCAAUGUGAGGCCUGAGUCAGGGGAAGUCUAUCUCACCGACCCAUGGUCCGAUACAGACAAGCACUAUGACGGCGAUAGCUGGAACGACGUCGGCACGAAUGUCUAUGGGUGUGUCAAACAAUUAUUCCUUCAAAAGAAGAAAAACCGCAACUUGAAAGUCUUGCUGAGCAUCGGCGGAUGGACAUAUUCUUCCAAUUUUGCUCAGCCCGCCAGUACCGACAGCGGCAGGAAGAGGUUUGCACAGAGCGCUGUACAGCUCCUCGAGGAUCUGGGUUUUGACGGCAUCGACAUCGAUUGGGAAUACCCGCAAGAUCACGCCCAGGCAGCGGACUUUGUGAGAUUACUCUCUGAGACCAGGAAGGCACUGGAUGCUGCUGCCUCGAAACGUCACCAUGCCCGCUUCUACCUUACCGUGGCUUGUCCAGCCGGGCCGUCCAACUUUGAAAAGCUGGACAUUCCUAGGAUGGACCAGCUUCUAGACUUUUGGAAUCUCAUGGCCUACGACUACGCCGGGUCCUGGGAUCAGAGAGCCGGCCACCAGGCAAACUUGUUCCCGUCUCGGGCGCAGCCACACGUUACGCCCUUCAGCACGAUCGCCGCAAUCGACCACUACACCCAACAUGGCGUUCACCCUUCGAAAAUAGUGCUGGGCAUGCCACUGUACGGACGAGCCUUUGUUUCCACCCAUGGACCUGGUCAUGCCUUCAACGGUGUAGGCGAGGGAAGCUGGGAGCAAGGUGUCUGGGACUACAAGGCUCUUCCUCAAGCAGGCAGUACCGAGUACCACGAUGCUGAGAUUGGCGCGAGCUGGAGUUAUUGCCCAUCAACACAGACGAUGAUCAGCUACGACACACCGGCGGUCGAGGCUCAAAAGGCUGGGUUUGUUCGAGAUCAUGGGCUUGGCGGUGGUAUGUGGUGGGAAAGCUCCGCAGACAAGCCGGCAGGCCAAGGUAGCCUUAUCGAGACUUUUCUCAUGCAUAGCGGAGGACGAAGCAGGAUGGAGGAAGUGCCAAAUUGCCUAGAGUACCCAGAGAGCAAGUAUGAGAACUUGCGAAAACAGUUCGAGUGA